AUGCAAGAGGGCAAGGUUGAAGUGGUGCAGGAUAUUGUAAGACUGAAUGUGCGAGGCUGUUUGUACGCAGCCAGGCACAAAUCUCUGUGCCGCUUUAAGGAUUCCAUGCUGACUUCCAUGUUUAGUGGACGCUUUCCUCUGAAAGUGGGUGAAUUGGGAGCAUGUCUAAUUGACCAAGAUGUAAACCUGUUUAAAUAGCUUUUGGAUUAUCUUGAUGGAGAAGUUCAGAUUCCUGGAGAUGAACAAGAUCGAACUGCACUGCAGGCGGAAGGAGAUUAUUUUGGAAUCCCUUAUCCAUACAGUCUGCCUGAUCAUUUCGCCAAUGAAAUGGAGACACACUCUUCAAGGUCCAGUAUAGAGCUUAAAAAGGUCCAGAUAUUUCUUAACAUUUUUGACGUUGACCUCUCUAACCUAGAAGCUGGAAAUAACAUCCAAUAUAUCUGGAGCUAUUAUUCAGUAGCUGAGCUGAAAAAGAUGAUGGAUGCUUUCGAUGCCUGGGAAGGGAGAGGUGUCAGCUACUGGAGAGUGCCUCAGGAGCUGAUUGAAUGUUGGACUCUGGAAGAACACCCUCUGAGAGGCAGUUUGCAUCAUAUGCCUCCAGUUCAUAAAAGACAAUUAAUUGACUAUACUGAAGUGGAAGGCUGUUUACCAGGUAAAGUGGAUCCCCAGACAAUUAGAUUCUCAGGCCCCUCAACAAGUACCCACAUAAAAGUCAAGAAUUCAUCUUCAUUAAAGGUAGCUGCUUGCAGUGCUUCACAUUCUGUAGCAAUUCUUAAACGACCCCAUAGUGAAAUUCUGAUGCUGCACAAAGAAGCUUCUGAAACCACAUCCACAGCACACACAUCAGUGCUCAGCAAGUCCCAGGCUCCCCGUGGAAGGCAGAGUGCUGGCAAUGGGACACUGAGCCAAAUGCCAUUCCAAGCUGCAGGGAGUAAGAAGCCUGUGAACAACAGUGCAGUGAAGCUGAAAAGGACUCUGCUUUUUCUUGUGACACCAUCUCAGCCACCCUCUUCUGUGUCCAGUGAAACAAGUAAACAGGACAGUGUUGCUGUUGAAAUUCCUACUACUUCUACAGUACUAAACAAGAAAGAAUCAACUGUAUUAGCAGAAAGUAUUACACUAAAGAACCAUAAAGUGGAAGGAUAAUGUUCAACUCAGUCUGAUAGACUGGACAGCUCUGCAUUAUAUGGUCGAAGAAGAGAUCAUUAUCUCAUGUGAUCCUUCAUUCAAAGAUUAGGUAGAAAAUUGUGAUGAAGAAGAUAAUGAAAAGCACAGGAAGCAUACUUGUUUUAAGUGAGCAUUGAAAUGUGUUUUCUGCUUUACUUCUAGAUAUUUUUUUAGAUGCUGGGAAGAGAGGAAGAAAAAUGGAUUACAAAAAUCACUCAAGCACAUGCAGUUUAACAUUCCAGUGAUCCCUAUUUGUAUUUCUGUUGGGCUGUACUGUAUAGUGAGUACUUGCACAGCAUAAAAGAAAACCUCUUUAUCAACUUUAGCUAC